AAUGAAGUCCUCGGUUAUGAACAAUUGUUUAUGGAGUCUUUGAUUACUGCAGUAAAUACAAAUACAACGUUGCAAACAAAGCUAACCACGUGUGAUAAGAGUUAAGUUAAUACUGAAAUAAUGGACGUGGAAAGGAGUGCGUUUGGCCUAUUGUUUCUCUUCUUUCUUGUAAGGAUUUAAAAAGCAAACUUUAAUCUUAACUAUUAGAUGAUUGUAUGGUGAAACAUUUCGUCACUCUCCCAAUGCUUGUACUCAGCCAACAAAAGGGAUGCUCUUGUUGCAACUGUCAAAAUUAUCAACACAAUACUGAUAAUUGUAAUGAUUAUAAAGAUGGAUUUUCUUGUUGCAACUGUCAAAAAUGUCAACCCAAUACUGACAAUUGUAAUGAUCACAAAAAUGGAUGCUCUAGUUGCAACUGUCAAAAAUGUCAACCCAAUACUAACAAUUGUAAUGAUUUGUCCAGAGCUGAUCUUAUAGAUACGAUGCAAACUGUGGAUACCUUAACAACUUACCUUAAUAUAGCAAAAGGAAUGUGUACGCAAGAAGCACAAUUAAAUGAUGGCAGGAAAUAGCCCAAGUAGGAAACUGCAAGGCGGAGGUGGGACAUCUGUCAUUGACGAAAGACCUCACACCAGGCGUGAAUAGUGAUAUUUCACACAGGAAAAAAAACAUUUUUUAGAAAAAGAAAAUAUAAAAUAUACAUUCAAAGUAUCCCACAUUAUGAAACUAUAGAUAAUAAAAUCAAUAAUCAUUUUG